AUGUGCGCCGCGUGCGGCGCACGUGAGUACCCAGGAGGCCGUACUUUCGCUGCAGCCUUCAGCUGCUACAGGGAUAACGUCCUCCUCUGGCAAGCGCAGGAGCGCGUCGUCAGUCGCUCCUCGCUCUGGCUCGCUUACGAGAGUUUUGAGGGUUCUACCUUGGAGUUAACUUGCGGCGAGAACUUCAUUAGCAUCAAGACGGCAGUGUGGAAGAGUCAAUCUGGCGCGUGUCCCGCUGUGCGCGACUGCAAAGAUCAGCUGCGGAGGCUGUGCGACGGUUUUUUCACCUGCAGAGUCGUUCCUGUCGCAAGCGACGCCACGCAGGCAGAGGCGAGUGGCGUGGCAGCGGCGAAGUGUGGCGGCAUCUGCUCAAUGACCGCGGAUCCGCGUCGCGUUAUAAGUGGAGAGUACGAGUGUGUGGUCAAAGGAGACAGUGGCUCUUCUGAGUACCUCGAUUCGCACUCCGGCGGUGCACCGUUGACCGCGAGCAAUGUGACUUGGGAUGCCAUAGAAGCGGGGGGUGCAGCACCGACCCGUCAGGAGGUCGCCGCCGCCGGAGGCAUUUCAGCUUUUGUCACAACGCAAGCGUUGCAGGGACGUAACGUGGUCAUCUUCACCGAUACAGAUUCGUCGGAAAAACGAACUGCACUCGAUCUAUCGAGCUCCCAGAGUACAGGCCUUUUCCGGUUGAGCGCCGACAGAGCGGUGGCCAAGGUUUGGUUUACCUCUGGAGCUAUCGCGGCCCAGUUCGUUCCUAUGGGCACGAACCCGUCCUCCAUUGCAGUCGUUGGCAAGGCGGAAUAUGGUGGUCCUGCGGAUCCAAAGACCGGUGCUUCCUGGGAGCAUGCAGAUUUCGCGUGCGGCGUGGCUGACACGUUUGCGAUAAGUCAAGGCCUCACGCCGAGGCAUGCGACCGCGGAGAAAGCCCAGAUUAUCUGCACGAAUGACAAGUCUGCAGCCUGCGCGGGCUUACAGAAGGUGAACGACGCGAUCGCGCAGUCUCGACCAAAGCCUGUGAUGCUUGAAGGGAUCGCUUGCCACCGGUCCGGGAGCGCGUUCGGUCUCCUGUUCGCCGAUGGGACCGUGCUCGCAUUCGGCGACGUUCAGAAAGGCGGGGAAAUGAGUGCGGCAGCAGCUGGCGACCUCUCAACCUUCGAUGUCGCUCGCACGCAACGGGUGAAAAAAAUUGUCGCCACGCAAGGAGCCAUGGCUGUCCUGCUGCUCCGAGGCUCCGUGUACGCCUGGGGUCUCGAACAGUUCGGAGGCACCCUUCCAUCGCCAGAGCCCACCGGCGUGGUUGAUAUUGUUGCCAACGACGUCGGUUUCGCAGCGCUGACAGGCGGAGGUUCUGUAUUCACAUGGGGCAAAGGGAUGGUCGCGCCUAGUCGGCUACAGGGUGCUCAGAUUACGAGAAUUGUUGGCGAGAAGACGUGCUUCGCUGCUUUUGACGCCGGUGGAGGCAUUUACGUCUGGGGUCUCGGCAGCAACGAGGGAGCGUUCUGCAACGAAGAGUUCGUGGGACACACGGAGUUUAUUUCCAAGAACUUCUCGGACGUAAAGGCGAGACUCACGGAGGGUAUCACAGAGGUCCGGUUCAACAGCCACGCAGCUCUCGCUUUGAAGAAACCGACAGCCACGGAUGGUUCGUGGGAAAUCAUCUCGUGGGGUGCGUCGGCGAAGGGAGGAGAGGUUCCAAGCUACGUGCUAGCUGGGGGCCGUCGAGGCGUCAGAGCCGUUGGCGCGUCUGACUCGGCGUUUGCGGUCGUCAGUGCCACUGGAGAUCCUUUUGCCUGGGGCGACAAAGAGGGAGGAGGUGACGGAUGGAAUCAGUCUUUCCUCACAGGUCGCACCUUCGGGUUGGUGUCUCUUUCUCGGUCGUUUGUCGCGCUGCUGAGUACGGGCGAGGCCUUCGCGUGGGGCGCCAACGGGCAGACACUGAUCAGCUCAGCACGUCGCGAAGAUGUCGGCGCCGCCACGGAAACUCGCUUGGGACGGGGACUCUACGUCGUGAACGGCUUCGGCGAGGGCGAACUCUUCGCUGGCAUUGUUGGCAUUCCCUGCAUUCCCGGCGAGUGGGGAGAGUGGGACGCCUGCAGGAGUGUCUGUGAAGGGAUUCGCCAACGCACGAGGACAAUCGAGCUGGAGUCUUGGGGAGGCCAGUGCCAGUCGUCUCUGAUAGAAGCUGGCAGCUGCAAAGGACCCAAGUACGGGACCGAUGAGUGUCCAAACACACAAGAUAAUGACGGAGACGGUAAUGAGGCGCGAUUAUCUCUCGGUGCGAUCGUUGGGUGUGCGACCGCCGGUGCGGCGAUUAUUGGGGUGAUGGCGUUUAUGGGUCGCAUGUGGUAUGCGAGUCCGCAAUGA